GCGUGGUGGAAGGAGACUUGGCGGCAGUAGAAGCCUACAAGUCAUCCGGUGGUGACAUUGCCCGGCAGCUCACUGCUGACGAGGUGCCGCUCCUCAACCGGUCCUCUGCGUUUGAUGUAGGCUUCACCCUGGUCCACCUCGCCAUCCGCUUCCAGAGGCAGGACAUGCUGGCCAUCUUGCUUACAGAGGUGAGCCAGCAGGCAGCUAAGUGCAUCCCCUCCAUGGUGUGUCCCGAGCUAACGGAGCAGAUCCGCAGGGAGAUUGCAGCCUCACUACAUCAACGCAAAGGAGACUUCGCCUGUUACUUCCUUACUGACCUAGUCACAUUCACCCUGCCUGCAGAUAUAGAGGACUUACCGCCUGCUGUCCAAGAGAAGCUGUUUGAUGAGGUGUUGGAUCGAGAUGUGCAGAAAGAGUUGGAAGAGGAAUCUCCUGUCAUCAACUGGUCUCUGGAGCUGGGCACGCGCCUGGACAGUCGUCUGUACGCCUUGUGGAACCGCACGGCCGGAGACUGUCUGUUGGACUCUGUUCUACAGGCCACCUGGGGCAUCUACGACAAGGACUCUGUUCUCCGCAAGACCCUCCAUGACAGCCUGCAUGAUUGCUCCCAUUGGUUUUACACACGCUGGAAGGAGUGGGAGUCGUGGUACUCCCAGAGUUUUGGUUUGCAUUUCUCUCUGAGAGAGGAGCAGUGGCAGGAGGACUGGGCGUUCAUCCUGUCUUUGGCCAGCCAGCCCGGGGCCAGCCUGGAGCAGACCCACAUUUUUGUUCUCGCACACAUUCUUCGCAGACCGAUCAUAGUCUACGGAGUGAAAUACUACAAAAGUUUCCGUGGGGAAACGUUAGGAUACACUCGUUUUCAAGGUGUGUACCUGCCCCUGUUAUGGGAGCAGAGCUUCUGCUGGAAGAGCCCCAUCGCCCUGGGCUACACACGGGGCCAUUUCUCAGCCCUGGUGGCCAUGGAGAACGACGGCUAUGACAAUCGUGGUGCGGGCGCCAACCUCAAUACGGACGACGAUGUCAUGGUGACUUUCUUGCCACUGGUGGACAGCGAGAGGAAGCUGCUGCACAUUCACUUUCUGUCUGCCCAAGAGAUGGGCAACGAGGAGCAGCAGGAGAAGCUGCUGAGGGAAUGGCUGGACUGCUGCGUCACAGAAGGAGGCAUGCUGGCAGCCAUGCAGAAGAGCUCCCGCCGCCGAAACCACCCCCUGGUCACCCAGAUGGUGGAGAAGUGGUUGGACAGAUACCGCCAGACCCACCCAUGUGCCUCUCUGUCUGACGGUGAGGAAGAGGAGGACGAAGACGAGUGAGUGAGGGGAGGUAGAGAAAGAAAAUAGCUCUUAAUGAUGAGACUGGACACUGUAGGCCCCUGGAGAGGACCUUACCAUCUACAUUUCUUUUUUUUUUUUCUUUCUCCAAAAUGUAAAUCUUAAACUUGUAAUAAUGCAUGUGUUCUGUGAGCUCUGUGGUAGAAAAAAA